CAAAUAUUGUUAAUAAAAUGUGGAAUUUGACCAAAGAUCAGCUAAUUAAGAGUGCUGAUGCUGCAAAGUCUUCGAAGAAACGCUGAAUUAAUUCUAACGGAAAUCUGCUGAAUUCUAAGGCACAAGAUAUAGAUGAAUUUACUAUUCCUGCCGAAUCUGAUAUUGUCAUACAAUCACCUCAGAGGAAGCCUCCUUCUAGGCUACUAGGUUCCAACGAGAAUUCUCUUCAUUGAACAAUGCAUCCUCAUGAGGCAAAGAAUAAACUUCUAACAGAUAAGGGUCAGAUCAGAGAAGGCAACAAACGUAGAUUUUUGGAGGACAUUCAGGUUGACCAUCUUCGCAGAAAGGUAUCCAAAGAAGAUAAGUCAGACAUGAAUUUGGGAAAGAACAAUCAGAUAUGCAGAGUGAAAGAUAUGAAAAAAAUCAAUACUUUUAAGUCCUCUACACAAGAAGAUAUCCAAUUCUUACUGAAAUUAAUUAAGCACAGAAGUAAUUCUCCCUCAAAAGCCAGACUUGCUGACCAUGAUUAUAAAGUUAGGGACGAAGUCUCGUCAAGCCAGGCUGACCUUGCUAACCAAAGGAAGGAAAAUGAAGUAACCGAGAAGAAGGAAUCAGGAUACAUGUUUACUUUCAACUAGAGACCCCAUAUCUGGCGCAGGG